AUGCGUAGUGGGUACGGGGUUGGGGAAAGAGUGACCAAGGGGAAGAGAGUCAAUGGGUUUGACCUCUUCUCCUGGCUGCGAGUAUCACCACUAGGGAGAGGCAAAGGCUUGCAGAAACCCCAACUCCCGCUCUGGCAGCGCGCUGCCCCGGGCUCCGCGCCCGGGCGUGCAAACGUGGGUGGCGGAGAGCGGCUGCCCUCCCCUCCCCUGUCCCCCCUCCCCUCGCGGCGCUCCCGUGUGUGCGGGUGUGUGAGUGCGUGUGUCUCCCUCGCUCACUCUCGCACACGUUCCGGCACUAGUGCAGGCGGCGAGCCGGCGGCUCUCCGCUCGCUCGCUCCGGCAGCUGCGUUCCCGCCUCGCCCCGGCGCCGCCGCCGCCGCCGCCGCCGCCGCCGCCGCCUCUGCAGUCGCAGCCGGGCAUGGACCCGCCCGGACGGGACCACGCCGCCGCCGCCGCCGCCGCCCGGAGCCGCGCUUCGGGUCCUGCCUGAGCCGAGCCGCGCGCGGGGCCGCAGUCACCGCCGGCGGGGGAUGGGGCUGCCCAGGAGGCGCGCCGAGCCCGCAGGGGGAGCGCGGAGCCGGCGCGCAGCCUGAGAGCCCGAGCAGCCCGCGCCGGGCCGGUCCGUGCGCACCGCGCGCCGCCGCCGCCGCCACUGCCGCCCGCGCCUCGAUGGCGCCAUCGCCCCGGAGCCGCUGA